GUCAGCGCUGAAUUUGGUGCUCAGAAAAGAAGCCUUCCUUUCUCAGUGCCUCCCGCUGCCACCGAAGAGACUCUACAGGGGAUCUUUCCGAAUGGAAGAUGAGGAAAGUGGCAUGGCUCUUAACUUCCAGUCGACAAGAGGGCAGAAAAGAAACAGCUCCAAGCUGCCAGCGCAAGACACUAUGGUGAAACGACCCCGCAGGCACCAGAUUACUGCAAGAAUCGGAUGUGCUGUGAUGUUCCUUUUAAUUGGAGCGCUGAUAGCACACCGUAUUUGGGCUUUUCAGAUGAGGCAACCUAUGAAUGAUGCAAAGAAGCCCAAUGUCUCACAGGAACGCACUACAGAUGAAACAGAAAAUAAGUCUGACCUCUUUGUGUCUCCCUUGUGGCAGUUCUUGUGUCGACCGCUCCACACUGGCUUAGCAGAGAACACUACGUGCAAACUCUGUCCUGAAAACUGGUUCCUUUAUGAGGACAAAUGCUACUGGAUCUCCAAAGAAAAAGGAAAUUGGAGGAAGGGUAAGGAAGACUGCACGGCAAAAUCAUCUCAACUGCUGGUGAUGCAGAAGCAGAAAGACGUGGUAAAUGCUUUUAUUCAGCAAAUUAAUGGAGAGAUGCAAUUGCUGUGGAUUGGGCUUCAAGCGACAUACCCUGAAGGAAAAUGGACCUGGGUGGAUGGCUCCCCAAUAGAUGACAAACAAUCACAAGAACUGGGCCCUGUCGAAGCAAACAGCUGUGGGAUGCUGAAUGGGAAUGAAAUAAUUUCCAAAGCCUGCAGCAGUGUAACCACAUGGGUCUGUGAGACAGAAGCCCUCACUAUAAGCAAUGAUAAAGCAUAAAGGACAGAAGUCUGUCUUAGUUCUGCCAGGGGUAAUAAUAGUGUGGUAGAGGCAGAACACAAAUGCUUCUGCUCCAGCAUGCAGAAAGCCUUGGGUGUUAAUCGCACCCUCCACACAAAUAACCAAAAGCCCAACUUGUGCUGUUUUCCUCAAAAGAGUGGAAGAAUCUUACUAAAUGGGCCUCACAUUAUGAUUGGGUUUACAGCCCUGGCCCCGGCCUGGUGGAACACCCUUCCUCCAGCUGUCCGGGCCCUGCGGGAUCUUGGUGAGUUCCGCAGGGCCUGUAAGACCGGUGAGUUCCACCGGGCCUUUGGAGAGU